AUGGUGCAGAUUAUAAAGAGUGUGUUAUUCAUUGUGGCUCCUGCAGCUAUGGACUGGCAGAAGGCAUUGAACCGAUCCAGGCUGAACUCUUCUACUCCAGCCUCUUCAUCAUCUCCCCCCACGUCUGACUCUUCAUUCACCUUCUCCUCGUCCUGCUGCAACUCCUCUCACCCCCUCUUCUCCACCUCCCCGUUUUCGGUCCCAUCCUUUUCUGGCCUGGACCUCCUGUCUGACCUGAAGCCCGUCUUCAUCCCUCUCUACUCUGCCGUGGCACUGGUUGCCUGCGCCGGCAACCUUCUCCUGCUCUACCUCAUCUGGCGCAACAAGAAAAGACACACCACCACAAACUUCCUCAUCAGCAACCUGGCACUGGUCGACCUGGUCAUGUGCGUCUUCUGCGUCCCCUUGACUGCAUCCUACGCUUUUGACCAGCGCGGAUGGGUGUUUGGUGCCCACAUGUGCCACAUCGUCACUGUCAUGCAGUCUGCAGCCGUCUACGCAGGAUGCCUGUCCCUCAUGGCCAUUGCGGUGGAUCGUUACGUGGUCGUGGCUUAUCCCAUCCGCAAAAGAGCAGGGUGCCAGUUCUGCUGGGGUCUGGUGGUCCUGAUCUGGCUGUCCUCUCUGGCUUUAUCCACACCUACAGCACUACACACCGUCCACCUGGACCUGCGGUCUGCAGGGCUCCAGAUGGCCGUUUGUGAAGAGUUCUGGGAUGGCCAGGAGCGAGGCAGACUCAUCUACUCUUGCUUCAUUCUCCUCUUCUCCUACUUUGUCCCACUGGCUGCUGUCUCUAUUUCCUACUGUGCUAUAUCCUACCAUCUGAAGCAGAGGACCACGUCGGGCUUGAUGGCGUGUCAGGAGUUGAGAUCUGCGAGGGCUACAUGGAGCAGACGGAGGAGGAAGACCUUCUACCUGCUGCUGGUUUCGGUCCUCUGCUUCGCCUUCUCAUGGCUUCCCUUACAGGUGGUGAAUCUGAUCCGUGACCUGGACACAGACUUCUCCAUCUUAGGGAAGAAUUAUGUGAACGUCAUCCAGGUGUCCACUCACCUGCUCGCCAUGAGCUCCGCCUGCUACAACCCUUUUAUUUACGCCUCAUUGCACGAAAAGUUCCUCUCCUACCUGUGCAGCCACUUCAUGUUCCAGAGGAGAAAACCGGGAAAGGACAGGGGUCAGAGGUCAAGCAUCCUUACGAUGUCACACCGAAUGCAGCGCCUUCGCACCGCCAUGACUGCAGCAGAUUUAGCAGGUGCUGUUGUAAAUAACGUUAUUCCUCAAGACAUUUAUGCUUAA